AUGCCUGGCGUUGAAACCACUGGUGCCUCUGUGAAUUCCCCCGAGUCGGCUCUCGAACGGCCACUCUUCAGAUCUUGCAAGUUCCUGCCUCGGAGAGCAGAAGUGUCCUCGGAUCCUGAUCUCGCGCACUCAGCCUCCUCAAACCAUGGCGGCCAUACUUCCGGAGCAGUCCCCAUCGCUACUGCCCCGGCUCUUCCUUUGACUCCACCCAGCGCGGGCCACGAGGAAGCAUCGUCAAAUGACGCGUCAGGCAUGCAAAAGACCGCCUCUUCGCAUUCUGUCAACUAUAUCCAUGGUGCGAUGACGCCGACCAAACCGUCCCAUCCCCCCACUCCGGAGACAACGCCGCCUCGCAUAACUUCAUCGACAUAUCGACCAAGUCUCAGUCAGUUUGGGCACACGUCCGCGUCCUCUAGAGCCGAGUCUUUCCAGACCGCCCGCGAGAUGAUUUCAGAUGGCGAGACAGUGACCCCACGUCGUUCGACCCAGUCAUUGCACCAUCAGAAAAAGCGCAGACCCUAUAAGCAGAAAUCAUCUCAGAACGAGAGUCCACAUGGUUCCAGUGAUGCCAGUUUCGGAGAUGAUUGGUCUACUCCAGUCCAGUCCGACGAGACGCUGAGGCCCACCAGAGUCGAAUCGUACGAUGGUUGCGACGAGGGACGAGCGCCAUCCGGUGAUCGUCGUCCAAGAAUCCAAACAGAGAAAUCCCCCGCCAGAUCUGCCUUGGAUGGGAACGAUGAGGAUCUCCCUCCACUACGUGGAUGGAAGCUACGUGACCGGGUCAAAGAUGCUCAAAUCAGCAUGACAAGCCCUUCCCUUGAACAAUUUCGUGAGGAGAUAGGGUGGCCCCCCGCUGAAGAGGAGUUCCGGCGAUAUUCCGGUGUGUCGACGUCGUCGACAAUCGAAGCUAUGAUCAUUGACGCUCCGCGACCGGCCAACCGAAGACUGCGACAUACGGGAAAGAGGCAGUCUCUACGCUCCGCCAGCUCGCCCGUGACCAAGUCGGCACGUACAUCGCUUGUUUCCAAUCCAGACUCCCAGCACCGCCUAGUCCAUAAAGAUGCUCGGAUCACAGAACAAGUUCGCAAGAGCAUUGCUUCUGAAACCUCUGUUCCAGCCAGUGCCACAGCGGGCGGUCCUCCUCGAAAUAUUGAGGUUGUCCCUGUAGUCGUGAUUCCCGAGCGACGUUCUUCUCUUCGUUCUUCUCAAUCUGACAGUAGGAAUCCAUCCAAGUCUGGUUCCCGGCGAUCCAGUCAGCGACCUGAGUCUGCGCGGAAGAGUAGACCGCCAUCUCUCGACCUUACCCGUCAGAAGAAGCGGACAUUUUCCGACUCGAUCGCUACUGCUACUCCAGCGUCAGAUCCCAGAGGUCGCAACAUUGGUCGGCCGGUGAUUCCUCCUCGCAGUUCGUCGUUGUCGGCGCCCACAAGUAGAGACAGCUCACGGCGCCCGUCCUUCGCCUCCGAGAGCCUUCAAAACCAGGACAUUCUCAAGGAUCGUGAAAUGGAUAAGGCCCCUAUUGAACAGCCGGAACCAAAGCUCGACAAUCAUACCUUGAAUGCCGGUCGCUGGGACGUCACUGAUACUCCGAAGGCACAAUCCAUCUGGAUCGGCAUCGAAGAUAUGACUCACCUACGUCCACCUUCCAUUCUCUUCACGCCAGCCUCAGUUGCAUCAUCGUCGCCAGGGUUGAUUGAAAUCAAGGAGGCGAGGACGGUUACUUUCUUUCCUCACAAUAAUGAAUCUCUCCUACUUGUUGACCAGCCUGUGCGAGCUGCACUCGAUCCCCCGGCGCCUCAGCCGGAUGAUUGUCAACGAAGGAGGGACUCACGAACGCCCGAGAACCUUCUGCCUCAGGAUUCGAGCCAUGUCGAUUCACCUUUGAGGAACCCUCGCCCGCCACCGAAACCUCCGGUCCCUAGCGUCAUCCCGCCGACUCCUGAAGAUGAGGCCAACCGGCAGCUGAGGGUGUCGGAUGAUAGGGACGAGUCGAAUGGUAAUAAUCCACGGCGGUUUGGCUCACUCCGACGCAGGGUGGUUCGCCCUCGAUCGGAUUCAUUUGAUCGUUUCGUCCGAUCGCUGUCCGUAACCUCAGCGAAAAAUCGCAAAGCUGGCAGAGAUAUCGACAGCCGGCUUCAUCCAUUCUGGCGCCCACGUCGGUUCUGGGACGACUCGCCAGAGUCGGAAGAACCUCCUCAGCAAGCCGCCCAUACGGAGUCCGACCACAUCAUAAGCAACUCGUUGGGAAUGCCUCAGCCACGGGUUGUGUUCGACGGGCCUUCCCUCGCUCGUCGCAGCCCGUUGCAGGGCACGAAUCCCCGUCGCCACCCCAAGAGGAGCAGUGCUCUGGUAGGCGCCACCAUGUUUAGCCCCGAAGCGCUUCGCUCUCAGACCUCUCUCCAUCGGCGUCGCAUGCUCUCCUUGUCAUGGUGGAGGCUGCGCCUUCGACUGGGCCCCGUGCGCAACCUCCGCAGACGCCUGAGGCGUUCGCUUCAGCAGCGGGAAGAAGCAAAGCGCGAGGCACGAAGGGAAAAGCUGAAGCAGAAAAUCGGCGAAGCCGUGUUGGUGGGCUCUAGCAUGCAGGCUCGCGACCUUCUUCACCGACCCUGA